AUGAGGUCCGCCUUGGCUGCGUGCGUCCUCUCGUCCUGGGCCCAUGGCGCCUCCGCCCUGCUGGAAGGCUUCGGCCGUACGUCGUACGACCCUCUGUGCGCCGAGUCCUGUCUGCGGUCUUUCACUUCUCUCAUGCUGCCAUGUACGGAGAUGGAGGGUGAUAGCAUGGGGAUGAUGGUCACCUCCCCGUCCUGCCGAGCCGAAAACACUCCUUUCCUCACAUCAGUGGCAUGGUGCAUGAGUGACAAGUGCGUCAACGUUCCAGCAUCCAAGCUCGAGGCGUACUGGGAAGAUUGGGUCACAGGCGACAAAGCGAUUCAGCCCAAAUGGACCUUUUCUGAAGCUCUCUUCAAGGUCGACCCAAGGCCGCCUGUUCUCGAACUAAAGAGUUCCGAUACGACUCUCAAUGCCUCCUCGAUUGUUGCGCCGACGACUUAUCUUAGUCAAUGGAACGUACUGGGAGAAGUCCGCGAUGAGACGGCGAUCGAAUCAAAGUACAGCGUUGCUCUGGUCGUUGUAUCUGUCGGCUUGCCCGUCCUCACCACAUGGCUUGGGUAUCUACCUUGGAUCCCGGACGCCUUCGAUAAGCUGAAGCCAUAUGUGGUGUAUCCAAGUACGAUUGGUACAUACUCCGUUCGCCCGCUGCCAUUCCUACUUGGCAAUGCCCCGACAACAGGCCAAGGGAUAUACAUCACACUCUUCAUCGUUCUCAAUGUCGUCUUCACGGCCGUCGAGUACCAUAUCCGGCAGCCAAACGCUUGGUUUGCAAACGCUUGGCAUGAGCUCAUAGCAUUCCUCUUGUACCGCACGGGGUCUUUUGCCUUUGCACUUCUUCCUGUCCUGAUUCUCUUCGCGUCAAGGAACAAUGUGCUCCUGUGGCUCGCAAACUGGUCUCACUCGACAUACCUCCUCCUUCACAGAUGGGUCGGCCGCAUGUUCGCGCUCUAUGCGGUGCUGCAUUCGAUAUUUGGCCUUCUGACGUAUAAGCAGUACGAGAAUACGGUCUGGUGGAAAUGGGGGGCGGCCGCAACCGUGUGCAGCGUAGCUCUAUGGCUGGGAAGUGGGCUUUAUGUCCGUCGCGCCAACUACGAGAUCUUCCUCGUCUCUCACAUUGUGCUGUCGGUUGUUGUCGUCGUUGGCUGCUGGUACCACUUGGUACUUUGGUAUGAGUCCAUGGGCAUGCAUCUUCCGGGCUAUACAUCUGGUUACGAAGAUUGGCUGUACACCGCCAUCGCCGUGUGGUUUGCAGAUCGACUCGUGCGCGUGGUCCGGGUUCUCAGGUCGGGUAUCAGGAGGUCGGUCGUCACUGACCUGGGCGCUGGCUAUGUUCGCGUCGACAUACCUGGGAUCCGUUGGGGCGUGGAACCUGGGAAACAUGUCUAUGCCUACUUUCCCACACUCAGCCCUCUUCGACCAUGGGAGAACCAUCCUUUCUCCAUUGUUCCGACGGCAAUCUUUGGUCAAAGCAAUCGGUCCAGCAACUCCAAGGAGCUCAGUGGAUCGCCAAGUCCCAGUGCGCAUCGAGAUGAAGAGAGCCUCAAGCAAGCAGCAGGCGUGACAUUGCUGAUCAAGAAAUCAGCUGGCAUUACCAAACAUCUCGAGCGUCACAGCGGCCUCCUCACUCUGCUCGAAGGCCCUUAUGCCAGCGGAGAUCCGAAAGACCUCCUACGAUGCGAUCGACUCGUUCUGAUAGGUGGAGGAAUAGGCAUUACAAGCUUGCUUCCCUGGGCAUACAACCACUGGAACGUCAGAGUCGUCUGGAGCGUCAAGGACUCUGCGGCUUGUCUCGUUGAUGAGGUCAAGGGGGCCUUGGAUACGUCGAGCAUUACACAAAAGGACAUACGCAUUGGGAGCAGAUUCAGUGUGGCCGAGGUCAUUGAGGAAGAGGCAAGUCUCGGAUGGCACAAGGUGGGCGUGAUUGUGUCUGGACCUGGAUCCCUUUGUGACGACGUGAGGGCAGCGGUAUCGUUGACGGGCAGGGCUGGUCACACCAAGUUCCACCUUGAGGUUGAUGCCUACUCGUGGUAG